AUGAACUCUGGUUGCAUACCGAACUGCAUCAACGAUGCACGUGACCCACGUGUUCCGGUGAGAGGUAGCUACGUGAACCUCUACAAAUGGCCGGAAUCAGAUGCUGCUUUCGUGAGGUCAGUGAGUUCCGGCAGAGAGCAUCCGAGGGUGGUGGAUAGCAUCUCUUGCAGACAAUUGUAUCUGAGAAGCUACACAUUUUGCAGAGAAGAUGAGAAGAAGAAGAAAGUGAAGGUGAAAGCGAAGAAACGUGUGGUUGUUAAGAAGAAAAGUUUGGGUUGGAAGAAAGAUAAAAAGAGUUCUUGCUCUGUUUUGUUUGGGAUUUUUCGAAGGUUUUUGUCUUGCUGUGCUAGUGUUGAUGUGGUGGAUGAAAAUUAUCAGUUUUAA